AUGGACCAGGACGGAUGGCUCGACCCCUCCGUCUUCCUCCUGUUCAACCGCAUCAAGAACCUCAACGCAAGCCUGGCAGACAUCAUCCUCGCGUGCAAGUCCUCCGACGAGCUCGAGGUCAGCUCGCCCGGCGCCGCGUCCUUCGGCGAUGACGCCGGACAGACCCGCGUACGCCGCAGCCCGGAUCUCCCGGAUUUUAGGAACGAUGACGACCGCGAGGUCGCGCGCAGCUUCAUUCUGCGCCGCAUUCCUCAGGAUAGCACCGUCGAUUCCUUGUUGGAGCUGUUCAAGCCGCUAGGGCACGUCUCGUAUGCCCGUAUCUAUCGCAGUACAAACUUUCCGGACGGGCCCAGGGCCCUAGUUUGCUUCCCGGAUCAGGAGUCUGCCGACGCCGCGUUUUUGAAGUUUACCUCCCGUAGGCCCCCGGCGCUGGAGGGGAUCCUCAUGAAGAAGAGAGGCCAGAACCAGGGAGGGUUCAACCCCUCAUCGCCCGACUUUUCCGUCAGACCGAAUAUGCUCAUCUGUCACUUUACGGAGCUCUCGCCAGAUCUCGACUGGAAGCGCUUGUAUAAGACCCUGACCACUGUGUUCACGGAGCGGAUAGGAGACGGGACCAUGAGGUAUUUAAUGUACGUGCCAAAGGCGGACGAAUGCCACGUAACGUGCAAUGAUAAUGGCGCCACUCGCGCCCUGCUCGCCGAAUUGACGGAGACGGGCCUUGUCAUUGAAGAUUCUACUGCAAAGGUAAGGAUCUUGGAGGAUGAAGAAGAAGUCAAGAACUACUGGAAGAUGGCUGCCGAGCAUCGCGCCUCGCGCAACGCUACUCGCACGCGUGACUCCACAAGUUCCUCCUUUGAACCUAUCGACAGGCGUCCGCCGGGUGUUAUUGUCAAGAUUGACGGCCUGCAUGAGGAAAUGACCUGGCGUGACCUCAAGCAGGAUCUCAGCCGCCUAGGGAAGCUCGUCUACCUCAACCAUGAACGGGGCUCUAAUUCAUGCUAUGUCCGUUUUAGCACGGCCGAGGAGUCUAGUCGGGUGGUGGAUGCCCUCUCGGGACCGGAUGCCGAAACGAUCUGCGGAACAGUUGUGCAGUCUUCGGUCGUGGCCGGCGAAGAGGAAACCGAGUACUGGAAUCGCGCCGAGGAGCUGCAACGGGACCGACGAAACAGUAGAGACAGUCCGCCUUACGAAAGCUAGUCCGGGUAACCUACAAACUUCAUCAUGCCAGAGUGUCAAUUAUGCCCGACGACCGAUGCUACUAUUUCACGAAACCUACACUUGUUUUGUCUAGUCUGACCCUGAUGUUCGCUUUUUUUGAUGUGGAGGGAGAAAAGGGUCACUACGCACGCGUCCAGUUGGCAGCACGAACCACUAAUUUUCAAUUUGGCCUCAAUCCUCAGGGGGCUAGCUCGCCUUUGUGCUUCUAUUCCCACCUCGUAAACUGUCGCUUUGAGCACACCGCC